AUGGCGUUUCCUCAGAUUGGCCCUGCUUCGAUCUCUGUCGGGUUACCUGUAGCUGGGUUGGCUCGCACCACACUCCUUCGACGCUCUCAGCGCCUCUCUCACCACCACCUCUCGCAAGCCGCCACUCGUCGGGCACACUCGACACAUCGAUACGGCCGCCAGCAGCAGCGCCUCUUCGGCCAACGCUCCUUCUCCCAGCAGUCCCACCGGCCCAAGGCCGACUCCAAAGUGAACGACUCCAAGAUUCGGUGGUAUCCCAUUCCCGUCGGCCUCGGCGUCGGCUUCCUGGGUCUGGUUCAGUUCUACAAGGUCUACUCGCGGGAGAAGGAACCUCAAGAAAAUGGCGAACCAGAGAAGAAGCCAAAAAAGAGGCCACGGGUGAGGCCCGAUGGACCUUGGCAGGUGCAAAUCAUGUCGACUCUGCCAUUGAAGGCCAUGUCUCGGCUUUGGGGCAAGUUCAAUGAGCUCGUCAUUCCAUACCACCUCCGUUCUCCUGGUUUCCGGCUGUACUCUUGGUUCUUUGGUGUCAACAUGGACGAGAUCGAGGAACCGGAUAUUCGCAAUUUCCCCAACCUGGCCGCCUUUUUCUACCGUACCCUGAAGCCCGGUGCCCGACCCCUGGAUCCGAACCCGAACGCUCUCUUGUCUCCCGCGGAUGGUCGAGUUCUGCAGUACGGUCAGAUCGAAGGCGGCGAUAUCGAACAGGUCAAGGGAAUGACAUAUACCAUCGAUGCUCUCCUCGGUCAAAACAGCCCCUCGCCAAGUCUCUCCAGCAGCCAAGCCUCUCUCGAAAAGCUCAUCAAGCCCGCCGCCCAGCGUGAACUCGAAGGCGACGAAGAACUGGUCAAGAGGGACGAAGAAUUCGCCUCGGUUAACGGUAUCUCGUACACCCUCCCCGAUCUCCUGUCCGGUAACAAGAAGAAGAGAAAGAGCGACAGCUUCGACCAGCCCAAGGACGAAUCCGUCACUCCCUCUGCCACCUCCGUCUCUGAAGUCCGCGCCGAGCUCGAGAAGGGUGAGAAGGCCUGGUACGAUUAUCUCACCCCCGGCAGCCGUCACGUCCUCUACUACGCCGUCAUCUACCUCGCCCCCGGGGAUUACCACCGCUUCCACUCACCCACCAACUGGGUCGUUGAGAGGAGACGCCACUUUGCCGGAGAACUCUACAGCGUGUCCCCGUAUCUUCAGCGCACCAUGCCCGGUUUGUUCACUCUCAACGAGCGUGUCGUUCUCCUUGGUCGCUGGCGCUGGGGUUUCUUCAGCUACGUCCCCGUUGGUGCCACCAACGUUGGUUCUAUCAAGAUCAACUUUGACAGGGAGCUCCGCACCAACAGCCUGACGACGGACACCGAGGCCGACAGGGCGGCCGAGGAGGCUGCUCAGCGCGGUGAGCCGUACCUUGGUUACGCCGAGGCCACGUACGAGGCUGCCAGCCAAGUCCUGAGGGGCCACGCGCUGCGCAGGGGUGAGGAGAUGGGCGGUUUCCAACUCGGCAGCACGAUUGUUCUCGUCUUUGAGGCACCUGCUUCGGAGCACGAUCCCGAGACUGGCAAGCACACCAGGGGGUGGUCGUGGAAUGUUGAAAAGGGGCAGAGAGUCAAGGUUGGGCAGUCUUUGGGGCAGGUUGAUAUGUAA